AAGCGUGGCUUCGUCCGUCAUUCCCAUUUUACCACCCAAUGUUGAAGCACUGACGGAGGGGACAGCGGCGAGGCGGCACGCACAGACGCUGGAGUCGAGUGUCCUACACUGCUACGUCAGCAGGUCGGCCAUCGCUUCAGUCUCGGACUUGUUAUCGCUCUUGUGAAUUGUAGAGCACGAGAGGUAGUCGUACAGUACAUAUCGCAGCUACAAUGGUGAGCCCGGACGGCGGGAGCAUCAAAGCUAUAGACAAGGGUUCCGUCCAUCGGAUUUGCUCAGGGCAGGUCGUACUUGACUUAGCAACUGCGGUCAAGGAAUUAGUGGAGAAUAGUGCCGAUGCUGGUGCAACGUCAAUAGAAAUCAGAUUGAAAGAGCAUGGUGCCGAUGCUGUGGAAGUCGUAGACAACGGGCGAGGGAUUCCUCCGGACGACUACGCCGCGCUUGCACUCAAGCAUUGGACAUCCAAGAUUAGAGACUUUGAGGACAUUAACAGCGUCAGCUCUUUUGGCUUUCGUGGAGAAGCCCUAAGCUCCCUAUGUGCCUUUGCGAAAGUCGUGGUAACAACGUGUACGGAGGAGCAAGGACACGUAGGGGUCAAACUUGAAUACGACUCCAGGGGCAGGCUGGUGUCCACCGUCCCGGCUCCAAGAUCUCGUGGCACAACCGUGACGCUAUCCGAUCUGUUCCACAACCUGCCAGUCCGCUUGCAUGAGUUCAAACGCAAUCUGAAGAAAGAAUUCGCAAAGUGCGUCGGGAUUGUUCAAGCCUACGCACUCAUUUCUACAGGAGUCCGAAUUUCCCUCACUAAUCAGUUCGGAAAGGGUGAACGGACUCGAGUGAUUGCAACUCAUGGAAAUCAGUCCUUAACGGACAACGUCUCGAACAUUUUCGGGUCGAAGCUCAAUGCUCAAUUGGUGCCACUAGAUUUGACUCUGCAACAGUCGGAGGCUAUAGGUAGAAUAAUCAAAGUACAAGGUCUUAUCUCGCGGCCAUCUCCGCAGUGCGCUAGAAACAGUGGCGACAGACAAUUUAUUUUCGUCAAUGGACGUCCGUGUGAUAUUCCAAAGCUCACCAAGGCAAUGAACGAGGUAUACAUGUCGUAUGUGACACAUAAGUAUCCAAUGGCGAUUGUCAACUUUACCAUUGCUGCCGGCGGGUACGAUGUGAACGUAACACCGGACAAGAGGACGAUCAUGUUGGAAGGUGAAAAAGCAAUAGCGGAAGCGCUUAAGGAGGACCUCAGAACCUUUUUCGAGUCCCAUCAGGGAGCAUUCCAGACCCAGACUCCAUCCAAGAUGAUAUUCGUCGGAAGUCAAACUCUUAUCUCAGCAGUGCCAUCAGUAGCAACGCCACACAGAACAUCAGUACCUUCCGAAAUGGACAUUCUUUCGAACCUUGCGGACGAGAUAAUCACGGCAGAAUCACCCGUUUUGGGUAAAACGAAACACGUCACCCGCUCAAUAGUGGUGAAGCACCCAUUGGCGCAAGAGUUGCGGGCGGAAGAGUCACGGAAGCGUGCGCGGGAGAUCUCGCCUGGGCGAACAUCGCCAUCUCGACCCGAUGUCCUGAGCAUCUCCCCGCAUGCUUUGAGGGGUCUACCCCAAGAUGAUGCAACCGCGGGAUCGCCCACUGAGCAAGCGUUGGAUUCUUCGGAAUUGCCAAGUCCUUCGGUUUCGCAAAGGCCGAAUGCAGCGUCACCACUCAAACGAAGUACAUCGGGUCUGUCCCGAUAUCUGAACGACAUCACGCAAGAUGUUCAGGUGGCUAUCAACCUUCCACAGAUUUUAAAAUCAGCAAGCCUCUACCAGCGGCGCCGACAAAACGGCGUAUCCAUGUGCGACCGGUAUGUAGAGACUGUGCCCGUUGGGGUUGAUGAGCAGACAGCUGUUCAGGAGCUGAACAGGAGGAUUCGGAAAGAGGAUUUCCGGAAAAUGGAGGUUUUGGGACAGUUUAAUCUGGGCUUCAUCAUCGUCCGAUUGGGCAAUGAUCUGUUUAUAGUCGAUCAGCAUGCUAGUGACGAAAAGUUCAAUUAUGAGAACCUGCGGAGGACGAUGAAGAUUGACUCUCAGAAGCUGUUCAGUCCAUUCGUGCUCGACCUUACCGCUCAACAAGAAUUGAUCGCGGCAGAACAUGAAGAUGUGUUGAGGAACAACGGCUUUCACGUCGCAUUUGAUGUGGAGGCACCACCUUCCCAACGCGUAAAGCUCCUCGCACUCCCUCAAAGCAAGGGUGUAUCUUUCACCGUUAAAGAUCUUGAAGAGCUUAUUCACCGGCUGGGGGAUGGAGCCGAUGAGGACGUCAAGUGCUCAAGGGUCAACACCUUGAUGGCCUCGAAGGCGUGUCGAACGGCUGUGAUGAUAGGGACAGCCUUGGACGCGGGACAAAUGAAGAAGAUCGUCCUUCAGAUGGGUGAGAUGGAGCAGCCUUGGAACUGCCCACACGGAAGGCCGACGAUGCGGCAUCUGGCGGACUUAAGAGCCAUUGGUGAGGAAUACUCCCAGGCACAAGUCUGAAAAGCUUAACGAGCGUAGAGCGGGAUUACCAGAGCUGGUGGCGUACCGUACCGGGAGCAAAUGAUUGCGCUUGGCAAUUGGCAUACUCAGAUUAGAGUCUUCUAUCAUUCUCUUACAACUUUUUUUUGGUUGCAACUGCACGUUUCGAUUCAAUGCCAUUUCAGCAUCUCGUACCACGCACGGGG